UGGAAUUAUUUAAUGCAUGUUUUUUAUAUCUUUGAUGUUUAAUUGCAUCUGUAUUUAUAAUUCUUAUCUGGUUUGAACAGCGUACUAAAUACUGCAAUAUGAAUAGUGGAGGCUAAAGCCACACAUGUAGUUUUUUCAGCAUAUCACAUCCAUCUCAUUGAUGGCUAGUCUUUUAUGUGUUACUAUUUUAUUCACAGGCUUAUUCUUUGGAUACUUUGUCUUUUCUUCUUGAUUGGCAUAACUAAUGUUUUUUAUUGCUGUAAUUACCGUUUACUGCAAGGUGAGAAAUUUACUUUCCAAGUGAACUUACAGUUUCAUAAGCCCUGUCAUUUUUCUAGAUUUUAAAUGGAAGUAAAAUUUAUGAAAGGAAGACAUACGUAUUUUCUUAUCCUCAAUGGGGAAAGUAAUUCUGUAGUUUUCUCCUUUUUUCUCAGCAUGUUGCAAGUCCUCUUUGAUUCUGUCUUCUUAUUUAAUAGUAAAAAUGCCAAGGAUAAAAAGGAAAUUAAAUUACAAAGAUUGCUUCUAACCUUUUUGUGGUACACGUUUGCAUGUAUAAAUGUUUUGUAUUGUGAGUGUAUUAAGCAGAAAUGCUUCUGCUGAGCAAUUAGUUUGUGUUGCAGCUUCUGUAUCUCCCCUUCAUAACAGUUACAGUUGCUAUUAUAUGAGAGUCCAACAGUGCUCAGUAGAAAACAGGAAUUUUAAGUUAUUGAAGCAGCAAAUAAAGAUUUCCUCCCCCCAGCUCCUCCCUUUCACGGGUUAGACAGCAAUGCUUGAAGGAAUUUCUCCCAUAUUGGAUAUGUCCCUUAUCAUCACAGAGGCUGUACAUAAGUAUUUCAUUAUUCAGUGUUCUGAGGAUAAUAGACCUAUCUAUCUUACUUCACAUAAUUGACUAUGUAAAACAUAUUAAAAGAAAAGUCAAAUUUGAAAAUGAAUAGAUAAUUCCAAAGAACAGUGUUUUGCUGUUGAUUUAAUGGUCUCAGAGUAAAGAACUAAAUGCUCUGCAAAUUAUGACUUUUGUUUGAUACAGGCUAUGCCUAAAUUGGACCACUGACCAGUUUUACUUGUUCUACUGAUUUUGGUCUUUAUUAGAUAUUUUAAAGGAAAUUAAAACUGCUAGAAUUAAAGAUCAUUAAAUGGUUGUUUUUUUAAAUUUUACUCUCCCUGUCAACUCUAGGGACUUUUGGCCAGCUAUAGUUGAAAAACAGAGGAGAAUUUUGGUUAACAUUGUUUUGUAUUUUACAUUUCAAACAUUUUUAAAAAUGCUACUGUUUAUGGCUAGAAUAUAUAUUUUUUAAAGCUUUAGAAGUGUAAGUUUCUUUUCACAGAGUUUCAAAGACUUCUGCUUCUAAAAUUUGUCUUGUCCAUCUAUUCUACUUCACUUGCUUGUGUCUUCCUGCAUUUAGGCUUGGGUUAUUUUGUAGACACUUUGCCCCUUAUGUGAACUUAUGCUUUAAUACUACUGUAGUGUCUCUUGUUUGACUAUGGCUAUUAAUGUACUUUGGCAUCACCAUUUUGCCAAACUAAUUGUCUCAUGUCAGUACAAAUUGUUCUUGGGUUUGUUUUUUGUUUUUUGUUUUUUUUUUUUUAGUUGCAGUGCUACUUUUGGGCUUAAUCUCUAAUUUUGCAUCUAUUUUCAUUAUUUCCCCCUUUCUUCUUUAGAUUGUGUCACUGAACUUUGUUAGUGCUCACUCCUGUGACAGAUAAGCUGAGGAUAUAAUGUCUGGUCCAUAAGUAAAGGGACUAUUCACAGUAUACAUGUGAAACCUGCAUCUGCACAAGAGACACUGAAGGAAACUGAAGCCCAUGAACCUAGGCUGUGGCUUUUAUAGUAUACACUGAGCUGUGCAGACAAGUUAGCUUAAAAAAGAUGGCCUAAAAUGAAACUUAGCUAUGUGCCUGGAUCAAGUCUGAGGUGCAGCUUAGAAAUAUAUUAUAAAUACAUAAUAUGCAUGUGUGUAAAUAUAUAUUUAAAUUCUGUAUGUAAUUUAAAUGUUCCACACAGUGGCAUAUCAUGAAAUUCUCACAUCCAAGGUUUUUGAGGCUCCCUGGCUUGGCUGAAGGGGUUUGCCUGGCUGGCAUGGCUGAGUGAUUCUCUAGGCCUUUCCUUCCAAACAUCAAGGUUCUCCAUUUUGCAGUACUGCACUUACACAAAGAACAGUUUUGUUAUGCAGGCAGAUGGAACAAUACAAAUUGCUGUUUAUUUAAUAAAAUAUUUUCUGUCUGGAAAAUACAAGAAUUUACCAAUAACACGGCAGUACUGUUAUAAAUGGAUAUGCUUUAUUGUAAUAUCUAGCUAUCUUGACAAACCUUUUUAGAGCUCUCCUACUUAAAAAAAGUUUUUUUUUUUUUUUAAGGCAGCAGUUGAAGAUUAAGAUAAUUCUUGGUUUUCUAGAAACCGCUAGUUGAGAUUUCCUUUCCAACAGUACUUCUGAAGCACAGAUAAAAUGGCUUCCUGCCUGACAGUUUCCUGUAUCCAUGGCAACCUCACUUUAACUACUUCUUACUUAAUUUCCUGAAUGAACAGUUGCAAAUCCAGGGGCAAAAUGUGAGAGCUGUCUGUGAUACACAGCAGUAUCACUUUUCCAAGUGUUUCGCAGAUGGGUAUUGUCAGCUGGUAACAGCCUAACAAACUGCAAAACAAUGAAAGAACAGAAAUAAUGAACUUCAGAUUUGGGCAAAGUCAGAAAUGAGGGAGAAGGCCAAAGACAGGGAUAUGUGUGGACUACCCUGCACAAGAGCAUUCCUGCAUCUCCUUAGUGGCCUUCUUUUGUUGCUGCUCCAGAAGGAGGUUCUUGGCUGUCCAACUCUUUGCCAGCUCUGCACAGGGAGGCAAGUUACCUGUCGUAACUUGGGUCUUUCAAGCAUCCCUCGGAACUUCCCUAAAACUACAAUUCUUGUAUACUUCAGUGGGAAUAAUAUAUCUCAUGUCAUUCCAAAUGAAUUAACAGGUCUUCAGAAACUUGCUGCACUUUACAUGGAUAAUUCCAGUAUUUCAUAUGUACACCCAAAAGCUUUUGUGGAUCUUCCUAAACUUUGCUACUUGCAUCUAAAUAACAAUAAUAUUAAACGCCUGGAUCCAGGAACUUUUGAAGGUCUUUCUAAUCUUCAUUAUUUAUACCUUCAGAAUAAUCAAAUAGCUUUUGUUUCCCGAGGAUUAUUUAGUGAUCUUCUUUCUGUUAGAUAUUUAACACUUCAAAGAAAUCGUCUCAGUGUCCUUGGAAGUGGAACUUUCUUGGGAAUGAGAAAUCUUCAAACACUUAACCUAGCCAAUAAUAAGAUUUCACGGAUAUCAGAUGCAGCGUUUUGUCAUCUUGAAAACCUUGUAUACUUGUUCCUUGAAGGUAACAACUUAACACUUGUGCCAUCAAAUGCCAUUGGAAUGCUCAGAAAUCUUGAAAGACUUUCUUUAUCUCACAAUCCUAUUAGAUCAAUACAGCGUUUUGCAUUUAAAGGACUUAACAAGCUUAGAUAUCUGUCUUUAAAAAGUGUAAAGCUAAAACAUAUUGCUGUAAACGGAUUUUUUGGAUUAAGCGACCUUAGUCAGUUAAUCUUAAGUUAUAACGAUUUAGAAAAUAUAAAUUCCAGCACUUUUACUUCUUUGAAUAGUUUAAAGUAUCUGCAGUUGGACCGAAAUAAAAUAACAAGUAUUGGUGACAAUGUCUUUGAGAAAAUGGGGCAGUCACUUAAAAUUCUCAAUUUAGCUUUUAAUAGUAUUACAGAAUUGCAGCCUAAAGUGCUUAAACCCUUAGUGUCUUUAACUCAUCUACACAUAAAUUAUAAUCCUUGGAACUGUAGUUGCAAAAUGCUUGGGUUACUUAAGUGGCUGGCAUCAUCUCGCAUUUCUGUUAAAAUUCUUUGUUGGAAUCCCCUCAGCAUGCGUGGCAGACCUUUGCAUUACAUCAAGUGGACUCUGUUUGCAAACUGCAGUAGCCUCACUGCCAGCCCAGAAGCAGCCUGGAAUCUAGAAUCUGCAGAUACCCAUCACAGCCCUACCACUUUGCUGAUGGCAUGGCAUAAGGGAAACAGUCGCAUUCCAUUUGAGCAGUUUAUUAAGGCUGAUACAAAAUAUAUUGCUCUCUGGGAAGGAACUGCAGUUACAUCUGCUAGCCCUUUGCCUUAUGGAGAAAACACUGCUCCUGAAACCCCUUCACAGGCACCUACAAUACUAUCAGUUUUACCAGUACAAAUACCAGCACAGAUUAUACCUGUUACCAGAACCAUAGAAGUACAAAGUUUGUUUCCAACAGAUGCUGCUCCUGUAUCAUUACAGACAUCUGUACUUUGUACACAACAGGUUGAAAAGCUCAAUCAGGCCUUUGAUGUUUUGCUAGCCUUUUUCGUUCUGGCUUGUGCUGUGAUCUUGUUCCUAACCUACAAAAUCAUUCACUUUAGACAGAAACUAAAAGUGCUGGAAAACUCAGGGGAGAAGCGAAUAGAAUAUUAUGGUUUUUAUCAACCUGGCAGAUACAACAUAAAUGACGCAGUGCAGUCUCUAACUGAAAAUUCAGCAGGAGAUUCAGAAUUGGACCAAAUUAGGCUGCUCAAGCGAACAGCAUCUGAAAGUCAGGCACAGGUCAUAUUGUUUGAACAUUCAUCACUGUAAUUUACUUCCGUUGAUUUGAAUGUCAAUUUUACUCCAGUCUGAAAUGUUGAGAAGUCAAGAAUUUGAUUUUCCAAAAAAAUGAGCUGAUUGAUAGAAUUGUGGAAAAUAGUGUAAUUUGUGUUUAUUUGCUUUCUCGGUGUUCUGAAGUUCAUUGAUUUUUAUUAAAUGUCAUUUAUACCUGAUAUGGAUUACCUGUGUUCCUGUUGUAGGAUUCUUUCACCUGUAGCGCAAGUAUGUGUUCACUAGAGAGAAUGUUCAUAUUAUUUAUUUUGCAGUACUUAAUGGGUAUUCAGUUUCUGUAGUAAUUACAUAACUAACUUGAAAUUAAAGGCAACUAGAUCAUAAAACCAAGAAACCUGGGGAAUGAAAAGAGCAGUGCUUUAUGUAUUUAUUGCAUACACGGUUUCUUGUACUGAGUCUGUAUAACAAAUAUAUUAAAAUAUGAUUUUUAAUAGUCUAUAUUUGUAUCAUUUUGUGGUCAUAACUUAUUAGGAGUUAAUAUGGAAGCUAAAUAUUGGAUUCAAAAAUUGAUAACAUUUGUAAUGUCUCUGAAAUGGUUAAUUAUUGUCUGUAAAAAGAUGAUGUCAUCUACAUAGUGAGGUUUGAGGGAGUCUUUGGCUAGAUGAGGGGUAUAAACUGAAGAAAUCUAUUGAGAAUACUUAAGUAUUUGUGUAUUUUGAAAUGUUAGGUCAAAAUAUGUUUUCUAAGUGAAGACUACAUUCUAGGAUUGUGCUUGAAAUGAUGGGUAUUAUGCAAACCAUGUAGUUUGCAUUUGUUUAAACUUCUACAUUUUUAUUUAGAAUAUUGAUGUGUGGGAUGCUUUAGGGUUUCUGGCUCCAACCUGACUUCUGCUAGCAUAACUAAUGUGCAUGGCCAUGUUGUUGCACUCCUUAUCACCCCAUUUGUUUGUUUCCAAUGCAUUUCCAGGAAUGACAAGAUAUUUUCUGCUGGCAGUACAAAUGUAGACCUUGCCUGUACUAUUACAGGUGUGAAUGUGGAAGUCUACACUGUGUUCCUCUGUUGUUGCUUGCUACAUCUUUCUACUGGAUGUAACAAAACCUGAGUUUUGUUGAGAUUUACUUUCAUUGUAUUGUAGUGCUGUAUUUUACUCUAAUUUAAUGUAUAAUAGGUGAACUAUUUCUGUCUUACGGAAUGCUUAAUUCUACUAGUUGGGCAAAAGCUUAAACUGUUUUGAGUUUCGUGACUAGAAACUUUGUUUUAUAUAUACCUUUAUAGCCAUAAAUACUAAAUGUAGUGUGCUUUUUUGUUUGUUUCUUAA